AAACCUUAUCGUUAGGAGAGUAUUUUUUUUUUUCCUUUUUGAAACACGAGUUUUUAACACGUAAAACCGGACUCGUCCAUUAGGUCCAUUAUAGUGACAAAAAUAAAGUUACAUUUUGAAUCUCCACACAAAUGGCGUUCCGACAACAAGAAGCACUUUCUCUUACAAAAAAGACAGAUCAAGAUUUCAUUUUCCGGUCCAAACUUCCCGAUAUCUCCAUUCCAAACCACCUUCCUCUCACCGAGUACGUCUUCCAGAAGUUCUCCGGCGACGGAGACGGCGACUCCACCACCACAUGCCUCAUAGACAGUGCCACCGGACGUACCUUCACCUACGCCGACGUGCAGAUCACUUUACAGCGGAUCGCUGCCGGACUCCACAGGCUAGGGAUCCGCCACGGUGACACCGUGAUGCUCCUUCUCCCAAACUCGCCGGAGUUUGCUCUAUCUUUCCUCGCCGUGGUUCACCUCGGAGCCGUAUCGACCUCCGCUAAUCCGCUAUUUACCCAAACGGAGAUUGCAAAACAGGCAAAAGCCUCCGCCGCGAAGAUGAUCAUCACAAAAUCAUGUUACGUCCAUAAACUAACAAACCUUAGACAGCUUGGUGUUGUCAUAGUUUGUGUAGACGACAAAAAUGACGUCGUUUCGUUAGCUGACGGUUGCGUGAGGUUCACGGACCUGACUCAAGCGGACGAGGCAGAGCUUCCUAAGCCUGAGAUCUCGCCGGAGGAUACGGUGUCGAUUCCGUACUCCUCCGGGACCACGGGACUUCCAAAAGGUGUGAUGAUUAGUCACAAGGGAUUAGUUACGAGCAUUGCUCAGAAAGUAGACGGAGAAAACCCUAAUCUCAACUUCACCAGAGAUGACGUCAUCAUCUGUUUCCUCCCAAUGUUUCACACUUUCACGCACAGCUCGUUGAUGCUUUCGGCGAUGAGGACCGGUGCCGCGUUCUUGAUCUUGCCGAGGUUCGAGUUGAAUCUGGUGAUGAAGAUGGUUCAAAAGUAUAAGGUCACGGUGGUUCCGAUGGCCCCACCGGUGGUUCUAGCGUUCGUUAAGUCUCCGGAGACAGAGAAGUACGAUCUGAGCUCGGUGAGGAUGAUGCUUUCGGGCUCAGCUACGCUCAAGAAGGAGCUUGAAGACGCCGUGCGUCGUAAGCUUCCCAAUGCAAUAUUUGGUCAGAGUUAUGGAAUGACGGAAGCAGGAACAGUAGCUAAUUCGUUGGCAUUUGCAAAGCACCCGUUUAAAACCAAGUCUGGUUCGUGUGGGACUGUGAUCAGAAACGCUGAGAUGAAAGUGGUCGAUACCAUUACCGGAGCCUCCUUACCACGCAACAAAUCUGGCGAAAUCUGUAUUAGAGGCCAUCAACUCAUGAAAGGUUAUUUGAAUGAUCCGGAGGCUACUGCUCGAACGAUUGAUAAAUACGGAUGGUUACACACAGGAGAUAUUGGUUUUGUAGAUGAUGACGACGAAAUUUUCAUUGUUGAUCGUUUGAAAGAACUCAUCAAAUUCAAAGGAUAUCAAGUGGCUCCAGCUGAGCUUGAAGCAUUGCUUAUUUUUCAUCCUUAUAUCGAAGAUGCUGCUGUUGUCGCAAUGAAGGAUGAAGUAGCUGAUGAGGUUCCGGUAGCGUUUGUGGUUAGAUCGAAAGGAUCUCAAUUAACCGAAGAUGAUAUCAAGAAUUAUGUCAACAAACAGGUGGUUCACUACAAGAGAAUCAAGAUGGUGUUUUUCGUAAAAGCUAUACCCAAAUCAGCAUCUGGAAAGCUUUUGAGAAAGGUUCUCCGAGCUAAAUUGUAAACUGAGUAUCUUAAACUUAUAUAGAUAAAAGAGAGUUUCAAAAUGUGUGUGUGAUCUCGAACAUUGAAGUCUUAAGGAAGUAAAGAGCAACUAUUUAUCAUCUCAUUUGGGUUUUGAGACAUGCAAUGAUGUUUUUGUCCAAAAAAAGAGAAGACAUGCAAUGAUGUAAAGACGAGGGUUUUCUACACGCAUCUUUUUAAAUUCAAGAUGAACGUGGUUUUUUUUUUCUUUCGUUAAAAUAUAAGGUUCUUGUUCAUU